AACUAUAGAUAUUGAUGAUGAAUAUAAGGAAAGAAAUAAUGAGCACAAAACUAUUUAUAGUAUUAAUAACAAUUUAAAGAAUUUUCCAAAUCUAUACAUUCUUAUUACAGAGGAACCUUCAUCAGCAAUUAAAGAGAAGUAG